AUGACGACGCGGCUUUCCAAUCCGCGCUCACCGACCUCCGACGCACCAGACACGAUCUUCGUGACGGACGUGCCCGCGGACGAGAGCGCCGUGGAGCGCGUGGCGAGCCGCAUCGGCCCCGUGCAAGAGACCUUCUACGGGCGCACGUGGGACGUGCGCAACAAGGCGCGCGCCGAGAACGUCGCCUACACGGACAAGUUCCUGUGCCUGCACCAGGACCUCAUGUACCACGACCCCGUCCCGGGACUGCAGCUGCUGCACUGCCUCGCCAAUACCUGCGAGGGUGGUGAGUCGUUGUUUAGUCAUGCCGUGCGCGCGGCGUACGAGUUGCGCAUCACGCAGAGGAAGAGCCGCUGGCUCAAGGGCACCUACGUCUCGCGCCAGGACUACGCCGCCGCGGCGGAGCGGCAGUCCAAGCAUGUACUUCCCGCCCGUGGUGCGCCGUACAGCAUGUGGGAGGAGGAAGCCGCCAUGGAGGGGGCCUUGCUCGCGCAGGGGCGCAAGGUGGAUGCCGGAGCGUCGCGGGCUUGA